AGUCCGGAGCAGCAGUGUGUGACUUCUUCAUACGAGGCCUAUGUAAGAAAGGUCCCAUGUGCCCCUUCCGUCACCUGACGGGGGAGAAGACUGUAGUCUGCAAGCACUGGCUGAGGGGUUUGUGCAAGAAAGGCGACCACUGCGAGUUCCUCCAUGAGUACGACAUGGGUCGAAUGCCCGAAUGUUACUUCUAUUCCAAAUUUGGUGAAUGCAGCAACAAAGACUGCCCCUUCCUGCACAUCGACCCAGCGUCUAAGAUUAAGGAUUGCCCCUGGUACGACAGAGGAUUCUGCAAACAUGGUCCGGCAUGCAAACACAGACACACCCGCAGAGUGAUGUGCACCAACUACCUGGUUGGCUUCUGUCCAGAAGGUCCUAGGUGUAAAUACGUCCACCCCAAAGUAGACUUGGUUCUCUGCAGUCCGGACCACACAAAGCUUGCUGCUGGCCCUCAGAGGCCGCUGGGCCCCUCACUCCCCUGCGAUCCCGAGUCCAUGUCGAAGCACCCGGCUCUCCUGAUGGAGCUCCCACACCUCUCACACCUGACUGUGCUCACCAUGAUAAACGAACGCUUUAGAAAGAUGCAUGAAAACGUCUGUGGGGGUCUGAGACCCCUGGAACAAGUCACAUGCUUCAAGUGCGGAGACCGAGGCCACUACGCCAACAAAUGCAGCAAAGGCCGCUACGCCUUUCUGAUAAGGAAGUGACUAGAAGAUGGCGGAGGGGCGGUUGUGUGGACACAGACAGGAGCACCGCGUCCUCGUCCAUUCAAGUGAGGAUCUCCGCAAGCUGUGCUCAAAAGGGCGACGUUUAAAAGUGCUGCAAAUGACUAUUCUAUGUCCAUCGAUGACCCCUAAACUGCUAAAUUAUAGAAUAAAUUAUAUUUUCAUACAACUGCAGGACUGACCUAUUCCGAGGCAAUUUUAACCGGUCCGGUAAGGUCCGUCAACAGCAGCUUGUUUAUGGCUUCUAGGUGGUCAAAGUGAAGAGAAAAUGGUAAAACAUAAUGACGGAGGCUGGGAAUUUGCUGCCUAUAGUGUUUUUCCGACAAUGGGGGUCCCGCAACACUGUCAAGAAGCGGGGCUGGGGGAUAGAGCCGGCACAAUACCAGAAUUUAGCAUUAGGUACCAAGGAAAGAAUUGUGAUACAUGAUACCA